UAAAGAAGACAUUCACAGGGAAAGAAUUCAAGAGUGGAAGCAACGAAGGGGGGAAAAGAUGCAGGAGGUGCCAUGGUUAUGGACACUGAUCAUAUUCUGCUGGAAUAAUUUUACAAUUCUGAUUGUUUUUCUCAUACUCUUUGUUCUGUUGCUUGAUCAUGUGAAGAGAAGGACGAGCUGGAGCCAUUAUCCACCAGGCCCAUCCGGUUUGCCUUUCUUGGGAAAUUUGUUGCAAUUUGAUAUCAACAAUAUUUUUGAAGAUAUUGAACAGAAAAGAAAGGAAUUUGGAGCGGCCUUCUCUGUUCAACUUGGAUGGACAAAUAUAGUUGUGCUGAAUGGGUACGAGCUGAUCAGGGAGACAUUUGGCCCAAAGUCUGAUGUCUAUCUUGACCGAUUACUGAUUCCUUUUCUUCAUACCUUGGGAUAUGCUAGGAAAAAAGAAGGAUUGUUCUUUGCAAGCUAUAGUCGUGGCUGGAAGGAGCAGAAAAAAUUCUUACAUUUGACCUGGAAACGUUUUGGAGUAGGGAAGAAAUCACUGGAACAGAACAUAACUGAGGAAGCCCAAUAUUUGUGCUCAGAGUUCGAACAGAAAGAAGGUAACCCCUUUAAUCCACAAAUCCUUCUAGCCAAUGCAGUGAAUAAUGUAAUCUGCAUCUUAACAUUUGGUGAACGCUUCAAUUACAGUGAUGAGAAAUUCCUGAAGCUAAUGCAGUUGACUGAUGAGUUAUUGAAGACAGUAAACAGCAUCCUGUUCCAGGUGGUGUCAAUGAUACCCGGUAUGUCCUAUAUUUCUCGUGGACCUCACUGUAAAGUUGUGAAAUGUUAUCAAGAAAUUCAAGUCAUGCUAAGAGAAAUUGUGAAUGAGCACAAGGAUUCACGGGAUCCAGCCUUUGCAAGAGAUUUUAUUGAUGCAUUCUUGGAGGAGACAGAAAAGACAAAAGGGGACCCAGACACCAGUUUCAAUGAGGACAACCUUCUAAUUCUAAAUGUUGAACUUUUUAUUGGAGGCACACUGUCAACAGCUGCCACUUUGCAGUGGGGACUGCUCUUUAUGGUUCUGUAUCCUGACAUCCAGAAAAAAGUCCACAAGGAAAUUGACAUGGUACUUGGGAGGAACAAGUGGCCCAUCACAGAGAACCAAGCAAAUAUGCACUACACAAAUGCUGUGGUCCAUGAAAUUCACCGUUAUGCAGAUAUUACUCCUCUUACAAUACCUUAUCUGAUGCGCAAAGAUACAGAGAUCCUUGGAUUCUUCCUCCCUAAGAAAACAUUAGUUGUUCCCAACCUCUCCUCUGUGCUGAAGGAUGAAACUAUGUGGGAGAAACCAUUCCAGUUUUAUCCAGAGCACUUCUUGGAUGCAGAUGGCCAUUUUGUGAAGCAGGAAGCUUUCUUGCCUUUUUCUCUAGGUCACCGUACCUGUCCAGGAGAACAAUUGACAAGGAUGGAGAUCUUUAUCUUUUUCACCAGCCUCCUGCAGAAUUUCACCUUCUGUAUCCCUGAUGGCCAGCCCAGACCACAAGAGGAUUCUGAAUAUAAUCUUGCAAGGUUUCCACACGCAUUCGAGAUUUGUGCCAUUUCUAGAUGAAUGAAUCAGCUCUAGCCUGAGCUUCAGCUACAGUGAACAGGACAGGAAUUACUACUUACCGCCAUCAUAGCAGGUGUUUUUGAGUAUUAGGCAUGUUGGGACUAGUUGUAUUUGCAACCUUAAAAUGGACUAUCCAACCAGUCAGAACAAAUUUUAUCCUAAUUCUCAUAGGAUUAUCCCAAAUAAGAAUGAAUUUAAAAUAACAGACCUGCUACUUAAUGUUUCACAAACACAGAAUGGUUUAUGUGGCACAUUUUUCCUCACUGGGCUUCGGCUCAACAACUGGGGUUACACUAAUUGUUCAUUUGGUUGUGUUAGGUUUGGAAAUAAUAUGGAUUUGGUAAAAAGAGAUGUCGGUUCAUUUCCUGGUGACCUGUCUAGAAACAUUCCAGUGGCUGAGUGAAUAAAAGCCUGAUUAAACUGGACAUGUGCCUUGCUCCUAUUUUUACUGUGCAUAUCUAUAUUUUUGUUUCACAUAAUGCUUCUAGUGGUAUCUUAAAAGAAUGCUUAUACUGCAUUUAUAUGGUUGUAGACCUUGACAUGCAUACCCCUACCAAAAGUAGAAGAUGAAACCUGAGUGUUAUUCUUAGUUUAAUGAUCCCCCUUGUAACUGAACCUCCCUUGCAGCUAUCUGUCUUUCGUUCCCUUGACAACCGAGUCCUUAUCUCAAGGUCGUAGAAACUAUGCAAGCCUCUGUCUCUAAGAAGGCAAGAUGUUCCUGGCUUUUGUUAUCCUAAAGCACCCCUCUUUCUAUAUCUAAGAUAUUACUUUGUCUGCUCCCCAUUUCUGUAACCAUUGGGGAAACUAUAUAAUCUGCUGCAUUUUAAUAAACGGGGUUCCCACUUCUGAAAGGCAACUUGCUUGCAGGUCUUGGGACACCUUUGCAAAGGUAAACA